GCCCCUGUCACCCAGCAACGGUGUAAAUAAGCGUCCUCAGCCCGGAAGCCUCUGCUAACACUGAUUUCAAACAAGUUCCCAGCAAACCCGCCAGGACCAGCGCUGUCUGCGGCUUGGGAGCGCGUCUACGUCCUUAAACCACAGACCUGACGACAGCUGAUGGUCGCUGGCUGCCGAUGGGGCUGUUCGACAAGUUGGCAGGAUGGCUGGGCUUGAAGAAGGAGGUCAACGUUCUGUGUUUGGGUCUGGACAACAGUGGGAAAACCACCAUCAUCAACCAACUCAAGCCGUCUAAUGCUCAGGCUCAAGACAUCGUCCCAACCAUCGGUUUCAACAUAGAGAAGUUCAAGACAUCCAGUCUGUCCUUCACAGUGUUCGACAUGUCUGGUCAGGGCAGGUACCGAAACCUGUGGGAGCAUUACUACAAGGAGGGCCAGGCAAUCAUAUUUGUCAUUGACAGUGCUGAUAAGCUGCGGAUGGUUGUAGCCAGAGAAGAACUGGAGACAUUACUGAACCAUCCUGAUAUUAAGCACCGGAGAAUCCCCAUCCUGUUUUUUGCCAACAAGAUGGACGUCAGGGACGCGCUGUCUUCAGUGAAAGUGUCGCAGCUGCUGUGUUUAGAGAACAUCAAGGACAAACCCUGGCAUAUCUGUGAUACAAACGCUUUGAAGGGGGAAGGAUUGCAGGAGGGAGUGGACUGGUUACAAGAUCAGAUCAAAGCCAUGAAAACGUGAGGCGGAAGGAUGCAUUUGGAAGAGUGGAACUGUCUUAUAGAGUCUCACAAAACCACAUAUUUUCAAGGUAUUUCAGGGACAACGCCGGUCAAAGCUUCUUUUGUUUAUGGCAGGUUUUAUGUUGAAGCCCUGCAGUGAUGCAUCAUGUGGUCUGAACCUAAACGUAAGCUGCAGCCUAUUACAUGAAUCAUUUUCGUCUCUUUGUAGUUGAAAAGUUUCCUGUGUCUUCAACUUAAAUAUCUUUAUUUAUCUAUACAUCAUCUUAAGGAAUGUUGAAAUGAUCAUAACUCUUCAUCAUUUGCUGUGUUAGAAUUGUACAUAUAUGAGGAGUAGUGGUGAGUGGAAGCAGUGUAAAUAUAUAGUCACAAGAUGUUUUUUGAAAUAAGUGAGUGAUUAUUUAUAAGAUAGUGUUGAAUGUUUGCCUUAUUUACUGCUAAAGCAAAUAACUGCAAAUGAUUAGAAGAAAGAGUAAUGAUCCACAUCUGCAGGCUGCUUUGUUAUUGUGUUAUUGUAAUUCAUUGUCUUUUUUUUUUUUUAAUUGAUGUGGCUUGGAGGAAUGGAACUUUGUUUUGUUUUAAUACCCAACAAUUUCCUGAUGAGUCAGUUUGAAGUUGCUGUCUCGACUGUUGUGAGUUCAGAUUUAUGUAGUGUCACUCUGAACGUGGUGAGUCUGAGUCAUGUUUUUUGUUUUGUUUUUCUCACAAAAUUGUAUGGCCAUGUUUCAGUUAAUGGAUUCAUAGCAGCUAAACAAGCCAUUUUAAGAACAAAUGAAGAGAAUCUUUUACUUUGAAAGUAUUGACCACUAGCAGAUUAACAGGCUUUUAUUCUAGUAUUCAACUAAAAGACAGCUGGGAUUUCAUGCUCCUGAACUUCAUCGUGAACCGUUUCCUUGGUGAUGAUCUAAAGUCUGGAUUGGAUCGUAGCCAAACUCUGAAAAAAUGUUAAUGUUUUUAGAUUAUUAGCAAUGCAUUUGUUGAUUUUGACUUAUCAGACAUUUUCUUUGCCAUUUGUUUUAUGCUUCUUCAGUUUAAUAACAAAACACCAGCCUAUUGAGUUGUUGAGUUAAUGCUUGAACCGUAGACCGAUUCUUUUUUACUUUACUUGGAUGAGACACAAGAUGACAAAGAGACUUGUAGUUUGAACUCGCCAGUUAGUUUUCAUCAUGACGUAGUCUGAUCCGUUGACAUGUUGAAUUUCAGCUUUCAAGCGUGUUUGCUUAUUUCCAGUGACUGAAUAAUAAAUGUAAUCAUAAACAAAAAGAAAG